CCUGGGCGGAUCGGAGAAGUCCUGAGCGGAGCGAAGGGAAGGCGAGAAAUGGCCAUGGAUGUCGCUGCGGUCGGCGGUGACUUUAGCGCCGCUUACGUGGGGCGAUAACUAAAACAUCCCCGAGGAGGCUUGAUAGCCGUUCGCUUUAGACGGCAGCAUGACGCUCCCAAGCAGCAUCAAGUUCGCUGAUUAGCCUGCUGAAGAACUAACCUCUCCUUGCAUCAUGCCUUUGCUCUGCGAAGUAGGCAAGCACAGAGCCUUCCAGCAAACUCCUCAACAACCAGAUCUUCUGAAUUUCAAGAAGGGAUGGAUGUCCAUAUUGGAUGAGCCAGGAGAGUGGACAAAGCAUUGGUUUGUGCUGACAGAUUCAAGCCUGAAGUACUACAGGGACUCCAAUGCUGAAGAGGCAGAUGAUCUAGAUGGAGAAAUUGACCUACGAACUUGCACCGAUGUGACAGAAUAUGCAGUGCAGAGGAAUUAUGGCUUCCAGAUAAAUACUAAAGAUGGUAUUUUUACAUUAUCUGCAAUGACAUCAGGAAUUCGCCGGAACUGGAUUGAAGCUCUAAGAAAGAGUAUUCGACCAGCCAGUGUGCCUGAUGUCACAAAGCUAUCUGACCACAACAAGGAAAACUCAUUCUGCAACAAUAAAUCCCCCAAGAGUUCCUUCCGAACUGAGCUGCAGCCCAACACAGGAAGUGAGGUGAUAUCCAGAGCUGGCAGCAGGAAAGCUGAAGGGCAGCAACAGGCUUUUGACUGUGUUGAAUUAUCCCCUUUACAACAGCGGUUAGCCUUAAAUCAGGGAUCCCCUCAGCGGUCAAGAGGGAGCACAAGAAGUUCAGAUGGAGCAGUCAAGCGGGAAGACUUGGAGCGGGACCUGGCCCUCCGGUCGGAAGAGAGGCGCAAGUGGUUUGAGUCUUCAGUCAGUGGGGGCCUGCAAACCGAUGACCCAGCAGAGAAUCCUUGUCCUAAGAAACCUCUUACGGAAGCUCAGAGGAGUCGGCUAAGUGAAGACAUUGAGAAGAAGUGGCAGGAGCUGGAACGUCUGCCUCUAAAAGACUCCAAACGGGCCCCACUGAUGGUGCUGCUGAACCAGGGCAAAGGGAACCCUGAGGACGCAAGUGAAGCACUGGAGAAAGAGGUCCAAGUUCUGAGAUCACAGCUGGAGUCCUUGCGUUCCCACAGUGAGGCAAACCUCCAUAAAAAUGGGCAUAUGCCCCAAGGAUACAUUUCUCAGGAGGCUUGUGAGCGCAGUUUAGCAGAGAUGGAAAAUUCCCAUCAACAGGUCAUGACAGAAGUGCAGCGGCAUCACCAGUGGGAGAUGGAGCGGUUGCGGCAGGAAAAAGAGCGUCUUUUGUCUGAGGAGGCAGCUGCAACAGCUGCAGCAAUUGAAGCUCUGAAGAAGGCACACAGGGAAGAAAUGAACAAAGAGUUGGGCAGAACACGCAACUUUCAGAAAGGGUUUUCAGAUCCAAAUGUGCUCCAGCAACAGCAUCGGUCUGAUGUGGAGUCUCUGAAGCGGGAGUUGCAAGUGGUUUCAGAACAGUAUUCCCAGAAGUGCCUGCAGAUUGGGGGUCUGGUGCAGAAGGCAGAAGAACAGGAACAGAUGCUGCAGCGUUGUCAACAGGAGGGGAAAGAGCUGCUUCGGCAAAACCAGGAGUUGCAGAAGCGUCUUUCAGAAGAGAUUGGCCAGUUACGAGCCUUCAUUGCUGCUCGGUGCUCACGUGACGGAGCUUCACACAAUGAGAAGAGUUCUUGUGAGCUAGAGGUGCUUCUUCGAGUGAAGGAGAAUGAACUCCAGUAUCAGAAACAAGAAGUCCAGUGUCUGAGGGAUGAACUCCAUAUGAUGCAGAAGGUAGAUUUCUAAAAGCAAAUCAGAGUUCCUGGUUUGCAAGGAGAAGUGCGUAAGUGCAUAGGCGCAAACCGAUCACUCCAUUCCCUCUAACAGUAUGCAAUGUUAUCCAAACAACAGAAAAUUAGAAAGCUAAAAAAUUUAAAGGCAUCAGAUAGAAAAGGAAACCUAGCUAAAGCUGUUUUUCACCAAAUCAAAUUCUCUCUAUUUCCCAUAGCUUUCUGCCCUGGCAAAUCACCUUUUCUUCCCUCAUAUCCAUGCCUUGCUUUAUAUUCUGCCUUUUAUUCUUUAAAUUGUUAGGCUCUCUUUUUUGAGGAUAUUGUCAAAUCUCUAUAAAUUCUCAGUCAUUCUUUUCAACUUAAUUCAUUUUUGGGGGGUAAUUUGAUUCUCCUUGUUUAUGAUUGACUAAUACAUUUCUUUCAUAUUAGUCACUUACUUAAUAUUCAGCCCACAUUCAUUCUUAAUUCACCUUGAUCUCAUUUUAUCACAUUACAUUGCAUUCAACUUUAUAUUUCUCUUGUGAUAUAUUUAACAUAAAAAAGUGGGCAAAAGCAUGUUAAAUAUACAGCUAUUGUUUUCUGAUGAACAUUCAUUUCUUGCAAUAGACCUACCUACUAUUUUGCUAGAAGCGUUUGCACAUCUUAAAAAAAUUCUCUCCAGGUUCCCAUCUUUAACUAAUAUUCUACAAUACUGGUGUACAGAUCAUGUAGAUGCCUUACUUUUUACCAUUUAUGUACUACUUGCAAACAUUUAGUCCAUUUUCCCUCUUAUUUUCCCUAUUAUCUACAGCUACCUUUGUGUUAGAUUGUGCAUCACACAAUCUAACAUUCACCUCAAAUCAUUCAGCUUCUCAGCCAAUCCUUUGCAUAUUUUGGUUCAUGUCCAGUAUUCUUCUAACACAGGGGUGUCAAACCUGCGACAUCAUGUUGUAGUAGUAGUAGUUGC